AUGUACUACAACCAAAAUGCCCCUGUUCAUUAAUAUUCACCAAUCAAAACUAUCCCAGUUGUUCCAUCUGGAUAUCCUACCAAUAUGUAUCCACAACCAAUACCUUUAAUUUACUAAGCACAGUCCUACAUAUAACCAUCAUAAUCAUAUUCAAAUGUUCGAUAUACUCAAAAUGCUUAGCCAUUAAAAUAAUCAGCCCUAAGCACUUUCUAACCUUAUAGGCCAGAUCCAGAAGUAGAAAAGAUCAUAUCAAAAUAUACUGCUACAUCAAGAAAUUCUUAAAUCGAAUAACCCGUGACUCACUAGCCAUCAAAUAGCAUUCAAUAGAAUUCAAAAAACUAAAUUAACUACAAACAUUAGAACAGCAAUGAAGACUUGGAAUUCAAAGAUAUGCAUUAAGAUAAUAAUACUCCACUCCAUUUUUAAUUUGAUGAAAUCAAGUAGAGAAAACCUAACUAAGGAUAGAAUAACUACUCUCCAGACAUUCAUGAAUUUUAAGACUUCAGUCCCCAAAAGCAAAAAUAAGUUGCACUUCCUGAGCAGAAUGAUAAAAUUGUAAAAUUAAUAGUUUCUGGUAUAAUUGUUUUAUUAGUUUUAUAUAUCAUAUCAAUUCUAGUACUAAUAUGA